GCUCCUCGCGCAUACAACAGGCUCUGUAUCUCCGAGGGACUCUGCUCCGCGUGGUUGACACAGAUUGAUCCCGGCUAGAGGAAGCAGGGCGGGCUCCAGCCCAGUUUGGUGCAGCCUUGGCAGAGACCAACAAGGAGAGGGAGCUCCAUUAACACACUACUUUUGUGAAAGGCAGCAAAUUGGUGCAAGAGCAGUUUCCCCACAGGAAAUAAAAGCACUUGGAGCAACUUAUUAAGGUAAACAGAUUGCAGUGGAUUUCUGGAUGGCAGAUCUGGAAUGGACACAAGUCCUCUGGGAGGAUUAGACCUGUCUGAAUAUACUCCUAGUCUGCUAGGGAAUACCACCAUGGCAGCAGGUCUUGCAAAUGUAGGAAAUACAUUUGGAGGGCCACAGAGUUCUUUAGUUUCUAGACCUAAUAAAUUCCAAAACUCGCCUAUAGAAGAUGAUGAUGAUGUAGUUUUUAUUGAACCUAUACAACCUCCGCAAAAUUCUACGUCACUGGUGGCAGAUCAAAGGAACACUGCAUUUACAUCAUCCAAAAAUGAAGAACUUCAAGGGAAUGAUUGCAAGAUGCUUUCUCCUCCAAAAGACUUAAAUUCUCAAAAGGGGAGUAUAAGUGAAACUAUUAUUAUAGACGAUGAAGAAGACAUUGAAACAAAUCAAGGACAAGAGAAGAAUGCUUCCAGUUUUAAUGAACGAAGACUUCCAGAGUGUAAAAAUAGAACCAACGAAAUGGAAUUCUCAGCUUCCAGUUUUUCAAGAAGUAAGGUAAAUUCAGGAAUAGAUAAUAGUGGUAUAACCACAGAACCAGACUCUGAAAUUCAGAUUGCUAAUGUUACUACAUUAGAAACAGGUGCUUUGAGGUCUGUCAGUGACGGUCAUUUAGAAAAUACUGAAGGGCAUGACAUGAACUUAAUGAUUACACAUGUAACGUCACUGCAGAAUGCCAGCUUGGGAGAUGUAUCUAACGGACUGCAGUCAAGUAAUUUUGGUGUUAAUUUGCAAACAUACACCCCAUCUUUGACUUCACAGACCAAGACUGGUGUAGGACCUUUCAAUCCUGGUAGAAUGAAUGUGGCUGGAGAUGUAUUUCAAAAUGGGGAAUCUGUGACUCAUCAUAAUCCUGAUUCUUGGAUAUCUCAGUCAGCUUCCUUCCCUAGGAAUCAGAAGCAACCAGGUGUGGAUUCCUUGUCACCUGUAGCAUCACUUCCUAAGCAAAUUUUCCAGCCUUCUGCCCAGCAACAGCCUUCUAAACAGGUUAAAGUCACAUGUGCGAACUGUAAAAAGCCUUUACAAAAGGGACAGACUGCAUAUCAGCGGAAAGGAUCGGCUCACCUUUUUUGUUCUACUACCUGCCUCUCAUCAUUUUCACACAAACCCACUCCAAAGAAACUUUGUGUUAUGUGCAGAAAAGAUAUAACAACAAUGAAAGGUACCAUAGUUGCUCAAGUAGAUUCAAGUGAGUCUUUUCAGGAGUUUUGCAGUACAUCAUGUUUAUCCUUCUAUGAAGAUAAACAGAAUCCCUCAAAAGGAGCUUUGAAUAAAUCAAGAUGCACUAUCUGUGGUAAACUAACUGAGAUUCGUCAUGAAGUUAGCUUUAAAAAUAUGACUCAUAAGCUGUGCAGUGACCAUUGCUUCAAUAGAUACAGGAUGGCAAAUGGUUUAAUAAUGAAUUGCUGUGAGCACUGUGGGGAGUAUUUGCCCAGUAAAGGAGCUGGAAACAAUGUUCUUACUAUUGAUGGUCAACAAAAAAGAUUCUGCUGUCAGAACUGCGUUGGUGAAUACAAGCAGAAAUGUGGCAAAUUAACAUCUUGUACUGGCUGCAGAGCUCAGUGCAGGUUUUUUGACAUGACUCAGUGCAUAGGACCUAAUGGAUAUAUGGAGCCAUACUGCUCAACUGUAUGCAUGAACACACACAAAUCAAAAUAUGCAAAAUCACAAAGUAUGGAAAUUAUUUGCCACUUUUGUAAACGAAACUCUUUACCUCAGUAUCAAGCCACAAUGCCUGAUGGAAAACUGUACAACUUUUGCAGUUCCAGUUGUGUAGCUAAAUUUCAGACUCUCAGUGUGCAGUCUUCAACAAAUGGUCAGUUUGUCUCUCCCAGUGAUAUUCAGUUGAAAUGUAAUUAUUGCAAAAGUUCUUUUUGUUCAAAGCCAGAAGUACUGGAAUGGGAGAACAAAGUGUAUCAGUUCUGCAGCAGAGCAUGUUCUGAUGAUUAUAAGAAACUGCACUGCAUAGUUACAUACUGUGAAUACUGUCAAGAAGAGAAAACGCUGCACGAGACGGUGAAUUUCUCUGGUAUCAAAAGACCCUUUUGUAGUGAAGGCUGCAAGCUGCUAUAUAAACAAGACUUUGCAAGACGGUUAGGACUGAGAUGUGUUUCUUGUAAUUACUGCUCACAGCUGUGCAAAAAGGGAGCAACUAAGGAACUUGAUGGUGUAGUGAGAGAUUUCUGCAGUGAAGAGUGCUGUAAAAAAUUUCAGGACUGGUACUACAAGGCUGUACGGUGUGACUGUUGUAAGUCUCAAGGAACUCUCAAAGAGAAGGUGCAGUGGCGCGGCGAAAUGAAGCACUUCUGCGAUCAGCACUGUUUGCUCCGAUUCUACUGCCAACAAAAUGAACCAAAUCUGGCAACCCAAAAAGGACCUGAGAACUUACACUAUGAUCAGGGCUGUCAAACCCCCCGGACAAAAAUAACGGGCUCAGCACCACCACCUUCUCCAACACCUAACAGAGAAAUGAAGAACAAGGCAGUUCUUUGCAAGCCUUUGACAAUGACGAAAGCCACGUACUGUAAACCUCAUAUGCAGACAAAAUCUUGUCAGACAGAAGAUGAUUGGAAAAAAGAGUAUGUCCCAGUGCCUAUUCCUGUACCCGUCUAUGUUCCGGUGCCUAUGAAUAUGUAUAGUCAAAACGUUCCUGUUCCUACAGCAGUUCCUGUUCCUGUGCCAGUUCCAGUUUUUUUACCCACUACUCCGGGUAGCAGUGAGAAAAUCCAUGCAGCAAUAGAAGAACUGAGGGGAAAAGUGCCCUCAGAUCCUCUGGAAACUGAUCUACUGAACUUGUCAGGGAUGGUGCCUGAACAUGCUGGAAAAGCGGAAGCUUCUGAUGUGACCGCAAGUGUGAUAGCUGAAUCAAGUCUACUAAACUCAGAAACAGAGUCACGGAUAAGCUUGCCUGAUAUUCCAUAUGAACCAGACCUUGAUAUUGAAAUAGACUUUCCAAGAGCAACUGAGGAGCUUGAUACAGAAAAUGAGUUUUUAUUACCUCCUGUUUUUGGUGAAGAAUAUGAGGAACAGCCAAGGCCUCGGUCCAAAAAGAAGGGAGUCAAGAGGAAAGCGGUGUCUGAGUACCAGUCACACGAUGACAGCUCUGAAAACUCUGACUGUAGUUUUCCAUUCAAAUAUGCGUACGGUGUGAAUGCAUGGAAGCACUGGGUAAAGUCUCGAUAUUUAGAUGAAGAGCUUCCAGAACUAGAGGAACUGAAAUCAAUAAAGUCUGUGAAAUUAAAGGAAGAUCUAUUAUCACAUACUUCAGCUGAGUUAAACUAUGGGUUGACACAUUUUGUCAAUGAAAUUCGAAGGCCAAAUGGAGAGAACUAUGCACCUGACAGCAUCUAUUAUCUGUGUCUUGGGAUUCAGGAGUAUUUAUAUGGAAGCAAUCGAAAAGACAACAUAUUUAUUGAUCCAAUCUACCAGACGUUUGUCCAGGAAUUAAAUAAAAUCCUUAGAAGUUGGCAACCAAGCAUACUUCCAGAUGGAUCAAUAUUCUCUCGAGUUGAAGAAGAUUACCUUUGGAGGAUUAAACAGCUAGGAUCACAUUCACCUGUUGCUCUUCUGAAUACUCUGUUCUACUUUAACACUAAAUAUUUUGGCCUGAAAACUGUGGAGCAGCACUUAAGGCUUUCUUUUGGCACUGUUUUUAGACAGUGGAAAAAAAAUCCGCUAACAAUGGAAAGCAAAGCUUGUCUUCGAUAUCAAGUGUCUUCCCUGUGCAGAGCUGAUAGUGAAGAUAAAAUUACUACUGGAAAAAGGAAACAUGAAGAUGAUGUACCAGUAUUUGAACAAAUUGAAAACACGUCUGAUCCAGCUAGAUGCCCUGUGAAAAUGUUUGAGUGCUAUCUGUCUAAAAGCCCACAGAAUCUGAAUCAGAGGACAGACAUGUUCUAUCUGCAACCAGAGUGCUCUGUCUCCGCGGAGAGUCCCAUCUGGUACACUGCCACUUCACUGGACCGCAACACUUUGGAAAAUAUGCUCGUACGGGUUCUUUUAGUAAAAGAUAUUUAUGAUAAAGACAAUUAUGAACUGGAUGAAGACAUAGAUUAAAACAAACUUCCAAAAAACUGUCAAGAAAACAAACAGCAUUAGAUAUAGUCAUGCUGCUAGACCUUUACUAUGGAAAACAUUUCAAGUUUACCCUUUGUUUUAUGAGUUUUGUAGCAGUGUGUACCCUAACGUGGGUAUUACCAUGUAAAUAGUCUGUGAGUGAAAGUUUCCAUUAUUCUGUGUAGAGGUUUUAGGAUACAUAACAAACACAUUUCAGAUUUUCUUUUUUUAUUAUUUAUUUGAUUAGAUAUGUUUGUAACUUUUUACAUUGCGAAAUAUGAAUGAGAAUGUGCCAUGUGUAUUUUUUUUCCCCCUUGUAGUACAAGACAUCCAUGUUGCACAACUCUGCUGUUGGAAGCUCUCACGAAAGGAGGCUCUUUUAAUAGCUUCUUAAACUGGAUGGUUGUGUAUGGGUAGCACUACUAAAGUUUAGAACUUGCUGUGUCUUUCAGAAUUUUUAAAUGAAUUGUAAACUAAUAGGUUUUUUACUUUUUAGUUACUGAAGCCUUAUGAGGUUAUGUAGAGAGAUUCCAUCUUAUGUACCAAAAACAGACAAAAGAGAAUGCUGUCAAUAUUGGUGUACUGUAAUGUGAAUCUAUUCUGGUGAAAACAUUUUUUGUUGCCCUUAUUAAAACCCUAGUGUCCUUUCGUUA